AUGAAAGAUAAUAAUAAUAAGAAUAAUAAUAAGAAUAAGAAUAUAAAGAAAGGAAAAGAUAGUAAAUCAUCAAUCAAUGGAGUAGCAGUAGUUGUAUUGGGAGAUAUAGGACGUAGUCCUAGAAUGCAAUAUCAUGCACUAUCGAUUGCAAAGGCUGAUGAGACUAGAAACCGUGUAUCUUUUAUCGGUUACAACGAGUCUAUUCCACACCCUCUAGUGCGUCAACAAUCAAACAUCACCAUCAGACCACUCAAACCGUUCCCAGCCAUCCGUAACAGCAAGUUGCUGUGGCCUAUCCUAGCAGUGUGCAAGGUUCUCUUUCAAAUCUUUCAACUCUUAUAUGUACUCUUAUUCCUCGUACCAAAGCCACUCAAUACAGUGCUCGUACAAUCACCACCUGCCAUCCCAACUACAUUUGUUCUUCAGAUUGUAUGUUGGCUGCGUGGUGCCAAACUAAUCAUCGAUUGGCAUAACCUCGGUUACACAAUCCUUCAACUUUCAACUAGAAAACCUGUUACUCAUCCUAUCAUUAAAUUGGCUAAAUUUAUUGAAAGAUAUUUUGGUAGAAAAGCAUAUGCUCAUUUAUUUGUAACUGAAACAAUGAAAGAUGAAUUAUCAAAGGAUUGGAAAUUAGAAGGACAAAAAUUUGUAUUACAUGAUAAACCAGCACCAAUAUUUAAAGCAUUGGAAAAGGAAGAAAGAUUAUCAUUUUUGGGACACUUUGAAAGUAAAUAUGCAUCAAGUAUAUCAUCGGAAACUAGCAAGUUUUUGAGACUUGCAAGAGAAGGAAAGGCAGCUAUUGGUAUAUCAUCAACUAGUUAUACACCCGAUGAAGACUUUGGUAUUUUAUUGAGUGCACUUCAUAGCUACGAUCUAAAGACAACACCACUACCAGGUGUAAAGGUGACAUUACCAAAACUACUCUUUUUCAUCACUGGAAAGGGACCAGAUCAACAAAUGUACAUUGAAGUGCUCAAGAAACUCAAACUCAUCAAUACCAACGUAUGCAUGGUUUGGUUAGACUCUGAAGACUAUCCCAAAUUGUUGGCAUGUGCCGAUGUGGGUGUAUCUUUGCACAAAUCAUCGUCUGGUAUUGAUUUACCAAUGAAGGUGGUUGAUAUGUUUGGUUGUUGUGUACCUGCAUUGGCACUUGAAUUCAAGUGUAUACAUGAAUUGGUAAAGGACAAUGUCAAUGGUUUCACCUUUAAAGAUUAUAAAGAAUUGGAAGGAUUGUUUGCAAAAACCCUCACAGAUUAUCCCAAUCCACAUCAUCUCAAUAGAUUACGUCAAAAUCUAAUCGACGCAAGACCAAAUAAUACUUGGGAAAUUGAAUGGGAAACUAUUAAACCUUUAUUUUUAAUAAAUUAA